CUCCUAAACUCUAAACCUAACGCGCCUUUGUCUCUCUCACUUUCAGUUCGUAUCCCUUUCCUCGACUUCGUAGUUUCUUUCAAUAAUCUCAUACAUUUCUGAAUUGCUUCGUUGUUUGUCCACAAUCUACUUUCAGCUUAUGGUUACUCAGUUUUCAAAUUGAGUGUCGAAGUUAUUCCGUAAUUAAGGACUUGAAGCUGCUAUAUCCUCGCCAAUAAUGGCGGAUUCUAUUUGCAGAGCACUUAGAGACGGUGCGUUAGAGGGAGAGCUCGCGCCUGCUCUCACCUUAAAGGACUCCAUCAAUUCGCCAUUCGGUUUUCACGCAUUUGCCCACGUUUUGAUGCAGCUUUCGAGCAAUAUUUUGGCGGGUAAAUCGCAGUCUCGAGGUCUCGUUUUGCUUGCGUUCUCUCGAAGUCCAGCGUAUUACCUCGAGCUGUUGAAGAAGAGUGGGGGGAACGUGGGAUCGUCUGAAAAAUGGAUUCAAAUUUUGGACUGUUAUACAGAUCCUCUUGGUUGGAAGGAACGGUUUACGGGGGGUGAAAAAAUUUCAAAUGUUCACCAAGAAGUUUCAAAUUUAUCUCAUCUUUGUACAAAUGUGAGGGAUAUGGAUAAUCUAUUCUCAUCAAUUAUUACGCUUGGAAAAGCAGGAUUUGUUGGAGAAGGAACUGUACGCUUUUGUGUUGCCAUAGACUCAGUAACCGAUAUGUUAAGGCAUUCUUCUACAUCAGCAGUUGCAGGUCUUUUAAGCAACUUUCGGAGCAAUGAUAAGGUUUCAAGUACAUUUUGGUUGGUACAUGAAGACCUUCACGAGGAAAAGGUCAUAGCUGCUCUUGAAUAUAUGUCUUCAAUGGUGGCCACAGUUGAGCCAUUAACUCCAUCCCCAUAUGUGUGCGAAAGCAGUCUGAACACUCCCUAUCUUGAACACAGCUCUACUAAAGGGAGGUUUCAUGUGCGGAUUAAACGCAGAAAUGGACGCGUGCGAGUCAUUUGUGAAAAUUUUAAAGUUGAGCAGUCGGGCAUCAAAUUUACGUCCAUUUCAUCUGAAGAUGCAGUCGUCAAUCAAGGGCUUGUACCGAAGGUGCAGUUCAAUCUUCAGUUGUCUGAGAAAGAGCAAAUUGACAGGGCUAGAGUUGUUCUUCCUUUCGAGCAUCAAGGAAAUGGUAAACCGAUACAAAUAUACGAUGGUCGAAGAUCUCUUACAGACAGCAAAGAUGACGACAAACCUCUCUCGACCAGUGAGAAAAGCAAGGAUGAAGGAGCAGGGAAGGGAGAGAUCAUAUAUUUUCGCGAUUCAGAAGACGAGAUGCCAGAUUCCGAUGAGGACCCUGAUGAUGAUUUAGACAUAUAAUUUUGAAUGAAGGUAGAAGAUUUGUAUCAUAUCUAUCUUUUCCGAGAUCACUUCAAAUUGUUGCUCUCCAUUUUAUGUGGAACAAUGUGUGGAGUAGCAACCCAGACGUGACGACAAAAUACGAACAUUACCAUUACCAGUUUGUUUCGUCUUUGGGAUGAUUUUUAGGACUGAAUUAUUCUACAGAGUUUGUUAAUUGUUUCCCAUGAA